ACGUGAAAGAUUUCUUUGAAAAUAAUUCAAAUUCGGAAAUUAUACUAAAGCAAGAAAAGAUUCACGCGUCCGAAUAUCGUGCUGAAAGUGAAUAUUUAGUUGCUCAAUUUAUUAUCAUUGUACUUUUAAUUUAUUCUUUUUCUGGAUGUUACAUAGCUAGACGGAUUAAAAACAUUUUAAAUGCUUUCGGAAUAUCCAAGGAUGACUUUUCCAAGAAUGGAGUUCAAUCAAUCAAAAUAUUGGCGACUUUAGCUACAAUUUUAGAAUUGAGGGAUGUUGAACGAAGCAGAAUUUUGACAAACUUACGAAGAAAUUGGGAUACAAAAGAAGAUCAAAAACUCAGAGAAUGGAAACAUAAUACAACGUUAUUAGACCAAAAAGCAAAAGAGUAUCAGCUGAAAUUAUCACGAUUAGAGAGACAAUAUGAUGCAAUGAAUAUUGAGGGAGGUGGGUUACGGUUUCAAGAUUUAAAGAACAAAGAAGAGCAAGUCGAUGCCCUGGAACAUUUAGUAAAGGAUAAAGCCAAAAAGUUGAAAACUUAUCAAGUCUUGCCCCCG